AUGGUUCUAUUUGCCGCUCUCUCUUUCCCAUUGCCUGGAAGGGCCAAGAAGCAGGUGUUGAAGACUCUGAGAACUCCAUUCCGCUCUCAGCAGGUCCAAAUUGCCAUCAAGUGUAUUUUGGGUUUCAUCUUGGUGCUGUUCCUGGAUGCUCUCAACAGAGUGUACCGUGUAGGUAACGAAUUGGAUAUGCUCUCGGUCUCUGGAGACUCAGCCACAGCAGGCGUGGCCGCUGCAAUGGGAAUGGGCGACCGUUCUGAGAUUCAGGCCAGACGAUUCUAUGCACAAAGAAAUAUGUAUCUGUGUGGAUUUACCCUGUUUCUCACGUUGAUCUUGACCCGGACAUAUGCCUUGGUCUUUGAACUGAUCUCAGUCAAGGAAGAAUUGAAAGCCACUGACGGCAAAUCCAAGCUGGACAGUCUGGAUUCUGCCGAUAAGGAUGAGGUUGCCAAACUGCAGAAAGAGUUGGCCGAGAAAACGGAGACAAUUGAGAUACUGAAGUCCCAGGCCGCGAACCUGACCGAGGACUACGAUGCCGUUACGCAGGAGGUGAAGUCGAGAGAGACUAAGUAA